AUGUUCUCAGUGACACCACUAGAGCGAACCUCGGACCAUGACGGCUCGGAUCGACUUGACGCGCGGCUCCUUGAUUCCCGCGUGCUUCCGCAAUGCCUCGACGCGGUGGAGUUCUGCCCGUCUCGCGAUUUUCCCGGCACAUUCGCAGUGGCAUCGUAUCAGCUAGUAGAGCCGCAGGCUUCUGGCGAUGCUGACGUGGCUGCCACGGUCACCGCCGAAGAUUCUUCCGAAGCUGACGGCGAGACGCCAAACGGAAAACGUCAGUCGCGUCUCGGCGGAGUGCACCUCUUCAACCUUGCUGACGUCACCAAUGCUGACGUGACAGACGAUCAUGGACGUCUUUUUGAUGGACAAGAACCGCCACUUCCAGCGGCAGCACGCAUGGAUCACCUGCAGUCAGUCAGCGCUUGCGGUAUUCUGGACAUCAAGUGGCGAAGCGAGGGAUUUCGUGUCCAGCGGAGGGAAGCAGACGAGGAGAAUGAAGAAAUUGCAAAUCUGAAGGAACGAAGAGAGGAUGUUGCUGAGAGGGGAAAUCCGACUGGGCCGAUGUUGCUGGCAGCAGCAACUGCUGAUGGAACCGUGGAUCUAUAUGAGAUGCAGGGAGGACCGAUUGCCGCUGCACCACCAAACCUGUCGCUGUUCACCCGAAUUCCCUUUCCUCCCUCCGAUCCUUCCGAGCCUGGUGCCAAACCUCCCAUGUGCCUCGCGUUGGAUUGGUGGACGGCUGGGGAAUCCGAGGGAGGAAGGGUGAACCGAGAGGAGCAGGUGGUAGGCGCAGGGGAGAGCGGGAGUGGGGAGACUGACGAGGAGGGAACAGGAGAGAGAAGGAAAGACUGGGGUGUGAGGAGGGAUCGGAUCGCUGUGAGUCGGUCAGAUGGAUCGCUGGCGGUGGCACGGCAGGGAGAGGGUGGUGCGUGGGUGGCGGAGCACGCGUGGCCAGCACACGAGUUUGAAGCAUGGACCUGCUGCUUCAACAUUUGGGACCCUGAGGUGGCGAUGACUGUGCGAUGUGUGCCUGGGACCUCCGCACGCACAUCCCCUCAUCCCCCUCCUCAUCCCCGCUAUCUCCAUCCUCUUCGCGGCCUGCAUGGCGCAACAUCAAGGCACACCGUGCCGGAGUCACGUCUCUCCGUUGCUCCCCCCACUCUCCGCAUCUCCUUGCCUCCGGGAGUUAUGACGAGGCGGUGA